AUGCCGCUGAACAGCCCCUUAGGGACUCUGGCCGCUGCUUCCUCUGCUUGGGGCAGCAUGAUGAGGCUCUGCAGGGCUGAGGAGGGGCAGGGUCCUCAGAAUGACAGCCCAUUUGCCAGCAAGACAAGCAUGAGCCCCAGUUCCCGACGAGGCUGGUCCAACGCCUCUGACCUACUGCCUGCAAUGAGGAUGGAGGGAGAAGCAGCACCUGGCCCCAGCCGCCUGGCCAUGCAGGCCUGCCUGCUCCUGAUAGAGAUCAACUGGAAGCACACGUGGAGAAAAACCUCCUCCUGUCUGAUGGACCCUGUUAAUCUGAGCACAUCCGAGCUGUACCUGGGGCUCUGGUCAAAAGCACAUGCCUCAGAAAUGACUGCAAGCACCCAGACCAGGGCGGGAACGAGGAACUUCAGAUCAGCCAGACUCCUCCUGCAACACGGCCCGCCAACCCUCCACUCCAGGGGGCUCACCUUUUCUCUUGGCCGAUUCUUCGACGUUUCAGGCUACACACAGGGGAGAGAGAGUGUGUGUGUGUGUUUACGUGUACAUGUAUGUGUUUAUGUGUGUGUAUGUGUAUAUGUGUGUGUUUAUGUGUGUGUUUAUGUAUGUGUGGGGCAGACCCCAGGGGCUGUGACAUCCAACCGACCACCAGUGCCGCAGGGUCUGUGCUGGACCUCAGAAUGGAAGCACAGCCAAGCUGCAGCGCGCCUCAGCUCACCACGGGACAUCAGCCUCAUCGGCCCCUGGGGAUCCAGCGGCCAGCCACUGGGUCAGAAGGCCCCAAAAGGGGUGUACUCCCCUUGGCUGCAGAGCCCCGUACUGCCUGGCACCAGCCUCCAUGGGGGCACAGGACCAGCGGCACCCAGACCAGUGGCACCCAGACCAGCGGCAAACAGACCAGCAGUGCCCAGACCAGCAGUGCACAGACCAGCUGCUGUACCCAGACCAGCUUCAGGCCACAAUGCCCACAACUGUUUAGAUUGA